AUGAAGCGUGUGCUUCCUGUUUCUGGUACGGAGUGUCGUGGUUUCAAUUUGGUGCAAUCAAUGAUGUUGAGGAGGAGUUCUGUGACCUCCUUCUGUUCCAAAUUUCUCAAUUCUUCUUAUUCUCACAACCUGAAUCAUGUGCGUUCCUCUUCCUCUUCGAAUCCCCAUCUCAUCGCUUCUUCUGCAACUGCACUCGACGUCUCUUCUAAAGCUACCGCCGACUUUGUGUCGUUGACCCGCCACUAUGGAAGGUGUUAUUGGGAGCUCUCCAAGGCUCGUCUCAGCAUGCUUGUGGUUGCAACAUCGGGGACUGGAUUUGUCUUGGGGAGUGGUAGUGCUGUUGAUCUUUCAGCACUUUCUUGGACUUGCUUGGGUACCAUGAUGGUUGCUGCAUCUGCUAACUCUUUGAAUCAGGUGUUUGAGAUAAAUAAUGAUUCUAAAAUGAAGAGAACAAGUCAAAGGCCACUACCCUCAGGACGUAUCACAAAGUCUCAUGCAGUUUGCUGGGCAUCCUCUGUUGGAUUAGCUGGUACAGCUCUGCUAGCAACACAGACUAAUAUGUUAGCUGCUGGACUCGCUGCUUCCAACCUACUCCUGUAUGCAUUUGUAUAUACUCCCUUGAAACAGAUUCAUCAUGUAAAUACAUGGGUCGGAGCUGUUGUUGGUGCUAUUCCUCCACUUUUGGGAUGGGCUGCUGCUUGUAAUGAUAUUUCACUAAAUGGAAUGAUUCUUCCAGCUGCUUUGUAUUUUUGGCAGAUACCACAUUUUAUGGCCCUAGCCUAUAUGUGUCGCAGUGACUACGCUGCUGGAGGGUUUAAGAUGUACUCUCUUGCUGAUGCAUCUGGACAGAGAACAGCUUCGGUGGCUUUAAGGAACUCUAUAUAUCUAAUCCCUUUGGGGUUUUUGGCUUAUGAUUGGGGCUUGACUUCUGGAUGGUUUUGUCUGGAGUCCACUGUGCUUACACUUGCAAUAAGCGCUGCAGCAUUUUCAUUCUAUAGAGACCGUACCAGAGAAAGAGCGAGGAGAAUGUUCCAUGCCAGUCUUCUUUAUCUCCCUGUGUUUAUGUCUGGGUUUCUGAUUCACCGUCAUUCCAAUAGCAAGCAAUUCUCAGAAGACAAUGCAAAGGAUUUUGUGAAAUCUGCAUCUCCUGGGAAAGCUUUAGAGUUGGAUGAUAAUAAUGAUGACCAGAAUAUCAAGGCCAAGCGGCCAUAUAGGACUCAAGCACGUCCUCCAGUAGCAUAUGCCUCUGUUGCUCCUUUUCCCUUUCUGCCAGCUCCUUCAUAUAACUUCCCUUGA